UACUUUCCAUUUUGUUUCUGGUUACUACUAUAUAGAUAUUGAAUCAAGUCCAAAAAUGUGUUCUUGUUAAUCCAAUUCUUUCAAUCUUUGGUCACACAAAUUCUUUUCCUGUAAAGAUUGUAUUUUUGUCCUUCUCUUUUCCCAUUAAGUUCUAUAAAUCACACUCUUUACCUUUUGAUACAUUGGAGCAAAGUGCAUACCAAUUCACCCCAGAUCAUUUUUGUGAAAAAAACAAAACUGAAGAAUUGAAAAGAAAAAAAAAAGUAAUAGUCAUGAGUUUUCUAACAGGAUCAUCAGGAAGUUCUUGGCAGCCAAUCAUGACCGGCGACACGACCGCCCCGAGUUACUGGCUCAACUGGAGGGUCUUGCUUUGUGCCCUUUGGGUGUUGUUCUCAAUGACAUUGGCAAUCCUUCUCAUGCUGAAAUUUGAAGGCUUCCGAAAUUCGAAACGACGCUGUAAUGGAAGAGAAGCCCAGGAAGAAACAUCAUCAUCAGGAGUGCUGUAUGAAGAUGAAACAUGGAAGCCAUGUUUGAAAAAUAUCCACCCUGCUUGGCUUCUGGUUUUUAGGCUGAUUGCUUUCUUUGUGCUCUUGGUGCUUCUCAUCAUCACUGCUUCUGAGGAUGGAGGUGCCAUUUUUUAUUACUAUACUGAGUGGACUUACACAUUGGUUACUAUUUAUUUUGGGCUUGGAUCACUGCUCUCGAUGCGCGGUUGCUACCGACAUCAUAAGAAAGCUAGUGGUGACAAGGUGGAUAGUGUGGAAAUAGAUGCAGGGCAAGGAACUUACAUGACUCCUGCUCUUGUAUUGUCCAGCAGAGAAAAGAACUUAGGCCCCAAUGCAGGGCACGACACUCGCCAACCCGCCGGGUUUUUGGGUUAUCUUUUCCAAGUAAUUUACCAGAUGAAUGCAGGUGCUGUUGUCCUCACAGAUUGUGUCUUUUGGUUCAUCAUAGUUCCAUUUCUUACCAUCAAAGAUUAUAACUUAAACUUUCUGAUUAUUAACAUGCACACAAUCAAUGCUGUUUUCCUGCUUGGCGAGACCGCUUUGAAUUGCUUGCGAUUUCCAUGGUUCCGAAUUGGAUAUUUCUUCCUAUGGACAGUCCUUUACGUAGUCUUCCUGUGGAUUGUUCAUGCUUGUGUAAAACUUUGGUGGCCAUAUCCAUUCCUUGACUUAUCAUCUUCAUAUGCUCCACUAUGGUACUUGUCGGUUGCUCUAAUGCAUAUCCCAUGCUAUGGAAUUUUUACUCUCAUAAUAAAGCUCAAACACCAUAUCUACUCAACAAGGUAUCCCAAUACUUAUCAAUGUGAGAAGUAAUUUGGGAAAAAGUCAUGAAGAAUUACCAUUUAAGUAUUCUUUGUUGAACAAGAGAGAAGAGAAAAAUAUUAGAGAACAUUGUUUGAGGAUUGCAAGAUCCAUACCUUGAAAACAAGUCUAGAAAAAACAUUAUUUGUUAAAUUAAGUUUUGGAUGACACAUAAAGAUAAGGUGUACAAGAAAAGCAACAUUUUUAGUUUAGUUUGUUCAUACAAGCAUUCUCUUCAAGAAUGGCACAAUUUGUAAUUAUACAAAAAUUCCAAAGAAAUUCAUAGAGAGGUCCUCUU